UCAUCAGUGGAGAGAGAGACGAGCAAAGCAGAGCAGAGAGAGAGAAGGCCUGCGCCGGCGAAGCCUCGAGAGGAAAAGGAUGCUGCGCGGCGGCGGCACCACCGGUGGCUCGCGACCCGCGGCGAAGCACCACCGCCGCUCGAGGCCGCCGUCUUCGCCGGCUCCGUCGUCGCGGCGAGCGGCACGGACGGCAACCACCUCACCGGAGUCGAAGGGCGCGACGGCGUUGCAGGAUCCGGUGGUUUCCUCCAUGGAAGAGACCUCUUUCACUUUUGAAUUCAAACGAGGGUCUAAAAGAGCUAAGAAAACGAUGCUGCCUGAAGAAUCACAUAAAGGGAAAAAUGAUUCCACGAAGGGUUUCUCUAACAAAAGAAAUCUGGUUCCUGCAAAGACACCAUCUGCAAAGGAAAGACCGGAGCAAGUGGAGUUCACACAUUGUUCACCUGGUAUUGUUGCCAGGCUCAUGGGACUUGACACCGUGCCUCGCCCCAAGAAAGCUCUUGACCGGUGCCAAAGUGACAUUCAGUGCAAUAUGCAGCGGGUCCUAUCUGGAGGUGAUCAAGUCUAUGAUGCUUCAUCUGAGGAUCAACCAUGUAGCAGCAGUGCUGAUGAUCUUCCUGAACUCAAGGAUGUUUUCGAGGUCACUGAGAUGGAGAAUAAGGAGACGUGCAUUGGGUUGCAAUCAGGGAACGAGGAGCCAUGUCCCAGGAGUGAUAAGGAUGAUUUGGAAUUUGUGAGGCAGAAAUUCUUGGAUGCGAAGCGCCUUUCCACCGAUGAAUCCCAUAGGAAUUCUAAGGAGUUUGCUGAAGCACUUGAGAUAUUGUACUCCAAAAAAGAUGCCUUCCUUGAAAUCCUUCAGGAGAACAGUGGUGCAUUGCCAGGAUUCUCAGGGCACAUCUUUGGUCACAAUGGAUUACAAUACUCCAAAUUGUUUGAGCAAGAGAACUGUUCUCGCAUGGGUGUUGAACGUGACGAGUUUUUUAAUGUACCAAAGGAGUUGGAAAAUCCUAUUCCUAGUAGUCGUCUCAACGAAACUUAUGGUGUACCACUGGAUUCUUUGCCACCAAAAGGGAGCAAGAGUAAAGGUUCAAGCCGUCGUUCCCAAAUUGUUGUUCUGAAACCAAAUCUUCAGAGGAAAAGUUUUACACCUGUCCUAUCAAGUGAAACAUCGCAUUUUGGUGAAAUGAGCACUAACAACUGUUCAAGGCCCCAACACCAUUGUAUGCAUAGGGGGCGAGUCACGCACUCUGCACCACUUAACAAUGAUCAAGUUUUACAACCAAAACGAGACACACCUGGACUGAGGGGUGCAAUAGAAACCCCUAAAAUAGGUUCCAGAAGGAAAUCGUCUGAGAGAGAGUGUCAGCUUGCAAUUGGCAGUGGAAGGGCAACAGAUACUCCUAGUUCUUUUGAAGAUAACCUACCAAUUUACCCACCCAAUCAUUCUGUUGGAUCAUCAGUCUGCAGAAAGGCCAAAAAGCACCUCUCGGAACGAUGGCAGAUGGCCUAUCAAUCUGAUGAAGAAAUCUCAAUGCCUAAAGAUACCAUAACAUUAGGGGAGAUGCUUGAGAUGACCGAUAGAGAUGCGACAAAAGUAAUCACCCACAAGAUUUCAUCAGAAACCAAUUACAAUCAUGAUAAUGUGCAGAAGGCACCAGCCUGUCCUGUUGGUAUCAGUAGUAAAGAUGGUUGGAAGACAGGGAUUUAUUGUAAAGAUAAUUCAAGAUCUGGCACAUCGAGGAAUUUUUCUAGGUCGAAGUCUCUACCGACCUCAGCUACCAACAAUGCAAAAUUACCGUGCAGGAAACAAUCUGCACCAAUUUGUAACCUGCCCAUUCUGAAAGAUCUAUUGAAUGCACCAACUGAUGAAUCUGGAAGUGAACAUGUCAGGAAUAGAUCAUCUUUUAGAAAAACAAAGCAGAGAAGUGGGAAGGCUAUCAUCCAUGCAGGAAAGGAAAACAUGCUACCUGUGAAAGAGAUUCAUGUAACUUCAGAGAAAGCAAGACAUAGUAUCUGCAUUUCCGAUUUGUCUCGAGCAAGCAACACACAUAGUGAACAUCCUGAUGGUGUUAUGAGUAAUGAGGAUCACCAAACAUCUGGUUCUACUGCUCUAGAUGAUGAUUUACAAAGUUCUAAAGAAAGGAUGGGGUGGACAGAGCUGAAACUAACACCACCAUUACCAGUGACAAAAGAAGACACAUCGAUUCAUAAUCAGGACAACAUAGUGUUGAAGGACCAGGAGGGGAGAAACCAACAAGUGGAGAUUGACAUCGCUGAAGCUGAAUCUCAAGCAAUAGAUUCUUCUCAUAUCAUAAGCUUAGAAAAUCACAAAUGCUCAAAUUCAACUGCUUCAUUGCAACAAAUUUGUGGACAUGAUACUGCAUAUUCUGGAAUUUUUAAAGGCGUCAGUGACGGUAUUCAAGAACUUAGAAUGCAACUUAAGAUGCUGAAGAUGGGUGACCAAGAUGAUACCUGUGGAGAUGAUAUCUAUAUGUUGUCGAGUGAUGAGUGCAGUGAUACAGACAACUUGACCUAUCAGCUGAUGGAAGAGCAAUUACCUGUAUUUAAGGAUGAGUACGACAGGGACUUCAGUUAUACAAAUGAUAUACUUGGUUCAGCAUCUGAUUUUCUAGUCUACCCAGAAGAUUGGCAAGUGAGCCCAGAUGUGUUUGUGUGGCUUGAAGACAAGUACAGCAAGCUGCUUCUAUGGUCGAAAUCGGACAGGAGACUUUUGUUUGACCUCAUAAACUCCAUCUUAGCUGAUAUGACUGCUCCAGGCAACAGUCUGUGUUCAAAUAUCAUGGUGAAGUGUUGGUCUGAAAUGGAUCCAAGGAAGUUAGCUGAAAAUGUUUGGCAAACAGUGCUCAAUAGGAGGAAUUAUGAACCCUUUUCUUUGGAUUGUGUUGAAGCUUUGCCAUUGGACCAUCAUUCUGAAGUUGAAGCAAUAGGAGCAGAGAUUGUCAAGAUGUUACAUGAUGAUAUUCUAGAGGAGUCUGUAGCUGAAUUCAUAUCACAGUAGAGCUGCAUCUCUGUCAGAUGUACAUAGCCUGCUGCAAAUCACUGGUUUGCAAGAAGGUUUUACCAUGUACUAUUAUGUGGGGGCUCCAUUUAAUUACAUUUGAUAUGGAGCGUUUGUAAGCUGUGAAACCUAUUGUACCUGGGAGCCCUGGACUAAUUGUGCUACUACCAACUAACACUACUCUAGUAGAACAUACUGAUGUCAAAUUUUCCAAGUUGGCAUCACUACA